UCUGAGGAUUCCGUAUAUUUCCCUCGCUCUCCUAGUGCUUAGCGCAAUCCAGAUGAAUAAUGAUUAUUCAAUCAUACUAUGUAUGUUUUUUUUUCUCAUCUUUUCUAAAUUAUUUUUUUUUCGCCUGGAAGUGACUCGGGCCUGCUCACCAAUAGUCGACGCCCAUGCCGACAGCCAGUCAUCAGCGAGUAAAUGCGAUCUGCAUAGUACUUUGUCACGAGAAAAUACCGUCAGACGAUUAUAUGGACGAAUGAGAAGCCGCAGACCGAUUUCAAUUUAUUUUGUCUGCCAUGCUAACAUGGGGGUUGACCAGGGUUGAAAUCCAGACUCCCCCUAUCAGAGAGUGCACAGAC